UCGCCGCUGUACCUGGAUUCGCACUGCACACGUACAAGUUGAAACGCUGGAUAUUGCGCUGCAUCCGCCAAUGUGUUUUUCUAGAAGAUCGUCGCCGUCUAUCCACUGAUCAAGUGCCGCAUCAAGUUGCCUUUCAUAUGAGAGCAGGAUGAAAACUUGUCAAAAUCGUUUAAGUUGCUCGUCUUUCCGCGUAUCCGUUCACGCAACAUAGUUCCCUCUCUUUCAUUUCUGACGUUGUUCACUUGUGAAAAGCUCCCGAAACGGCAUCCGACACUUCAUUCCCCCCUUUUUCCAGCUCUCGCAACGCAAUGUACGCCGUGCACGUGACACUCGUCAAGGCUGUGGACCUUCCUUCCGCCGACUUCAAUGGCAAGAGCGACCCGUACGUUGUUUUCCAGCUGGCCAACACGACGCACAAGAGCUCCAUGAUCCCUGCCAACCUCAAUCCGGAAUGGGACCCGGAAGAGACGUUCGCCUUCAUCGCCGACGACCCCACCACCGCUGUACUAGAAGUGAACGUGUUCGACCACGACCGUAUCUCCAAGGACGAUAAGAUCGGCUUCUGCCACGUGCCGCUCGCCUCUAUCCUGGACAAACCCGAGUCUGAAGUGCUCAUGUACGAACUCGAAGUGCCUGCUGGUUUUGCCAAGCAAAAGCGAAAGAGCGCCAUUAUGCUCGAGAUCAAGCUCGAGAAGGAGGACUAGAAACCGACCAACAACAAAACAAGUUUUUUUUUACUGUU